AUGGCGGCUGUCAGCCAAUGCUGUGCCCUCUUGCUUGCGUCUUGGACGCUGUCUCCUCUUGUUUCCCUUCCUUCGAGCAGCGGUCCCUACCAUGACACCCUCGCCUCCUUCUGGUCUGCACAAGAAGCCUCACUCCAGCCAGCCUGCGUGUUCUCUCCCACCGACGCGUCGCACGUUUCUACCGCUCUCGCAAUCCUUUCCAGUCACACCGACUGCCAAUUCGCAAUCAAAAGCCACGGUCAUGCACCUGCCGCUGGCUUCGCCAACGUCGCCGACGGUGUCACCAUCGACCUCUCUAGUCUUAACUCCGUCCAAGUCAAUGUGGACGCAUCGAUUGUUCGUGUUGGAGCAGGUGCUUCAUGGCUCGAAGUCUACCAAGAGUUAGACACCCAUCGGGUUGCUGUUGCAGGAGGGCGGAACGGGGGAGUUGGUGUUGGCGGACUUCUCCUGGGUGGCGGCAUAUCCUACUUCGGACCACGAGUCGGGUGGGCAUGCGAUGCUGUCGACAGCUUCCAGGUUGUUCUUGCCGGCGGGCAGACCGUAACUGCAAGUCAAAGACAACAUCCUGACCUGUUUCGCGCACUCAAAGGCGGCGGAAAUAACUUGGGCGUGGUCACAAGCGCCGACUUGCGCUCGUUCCCGCAGGGCGACAUACUUGCGGGCACUCUUGCCCAUAACAUCUCUGAUCGGGAAGCCGUGUUCAAGGCAAUUGCUGACCUAGCAUCUGCGAAAGACUACGACGAGUACGCAAGCAUCGUUCUCUCCGUCAACUUCAGCCCAUCGAGUAGAACAUGGACUCUGAGUGAAGUCCCGGUCUACACAAAGCCAGAAUUGCGUCCUCAGGUUUACGCGCCGCUCUUUGCAGUCCCAAACACGACCGAUUCGCUGCACAUCACCAACCUCAGCACAUACGCAAACGAGUCGCCAAUACCCCAACUCGGAUUUGUUUUUUACACCGGCACCUACGCGGCAACACAAGAGACACUCAGCACCGUUUUCGACGUCGCAAAUAAAACGCUGAUGGGCUUCGAGCAGCCCGAAGGCAUGCUGCUGUGGUCCGUUGCUUUCGAACCACUCCCAACCAAGUUCACACAACGAGCACACAAUACUGGGGGCAAUGUCCUCGGUACCCAGCCCAGCGAUGGGAACGCAUUCAUCGUCCUCAUGUCUGCAACAUUCGCCAAUCCAGACGCGAACAAUGAGGUCGAGGGUCUGUCGAAAGAGCUGAUGAAGAACAUCAACGAAGAAACUCGCAAGCGCGGUCUCUUGCAUCAAUUCCAGUAUUCCAAUUAUGCGGAUCCGAGCCAGGACCCCAUUGGAAGCUACGGCGCAGAGAAUGUCGACAGCAUACGCCGCGCAAGCAAGAAAUACGAUCCAAAUAACGUCUUCCAAAAGCAAGUGCCGGGUGGAUUCAAACUAGUUUAA